UUUUGUGAGUGUACAUAUGUGUUUGUGUGUGUACUGGAGUAUUGUCACGGAUGUUUCAUACAGUGUGUGUGAAAUUUUACGGAAGACCUAAUCUGGCUUAAGAAAGAGGGUAAGCUGCUUGAACAUGCGCACUAACACACCGUUCGAUAAGGGCUCUAUAAAAGGGUGAGCAGUUUUCUUCUCUGGCAGUGAGACAGCAUGAAGACAACAGUCCUGUUGACUUUGCUUGUGGGAGUGGUUCACUUGGCCAGUGGAACUGUGUACCACUGCCCAGGGUGCCCCACGGAAUGCCCCCCGCUCGACCCCGCCUCCUGUCCUCAUGGCAUAGUAACCGACACGUGCGACUGCUGCAACGUGUGUGGGAAGGGACCUGGUGAGAUCUGCAGUGACGCAGAAUGGAAAUGCGGAAAAGGCUUAUAUUGUUUAGGGGAUAGACGCUUUCCUUGUUGCUAUGGAUACUGUGUACGUAACUAAGCGGAAAUGACGAGGAGGCCCCCUUUCCGUUCCG